GUGGCAGGGACGGUGGGGGGUGGCGGUGGUGGUGGCAGGGGACGGUGUGGGGCAGCGGGGCCGUGCCCCGGCUGCCAGCCUGCCCCAGAAAGCGGUCCUGUGCCGUUUCCCAGCGGGGCGGGGAGGGCUGGGCUCGCACAGAGGCAGCUUUGUGCCGCUUGCCAAGGCGUCCCCGCUCGGCAGCCCGGCCGCCAUCCCCUGCCAAGGACUCGUCUCACAGCCCCGCGCUUUCCUGCUCCGCUUGCCAGCCCUGACGUGCCCCCGAGCCCCCCUGCCGCAGCGCCCGGCAGUGGUGGCAGCAGGGGGUCCCCAAGCUCCCCGCCCUGUCCCACGCCGCCUCCCCCGAACCACCAGUGCUGGGAGGGGAAACUGAGGCUGGGCGCCAAGCCCUGCAGGGGAGGCUGGGCCACCUGAGCCGGGAGGUCCCAGUCACUGCAGGGAUGUGCCGGGGUGCCCGUCCCUGCUGACGUGGCCCCCGCGGGGACCCCACCACCAGGCCCUGCAGCUCCCACCCGGAGCCGGACCCCGCGUCUCGCCCAGCCUCGAGGAGCCCCACGGCCGCAUCCCUGCCGCCCGCCAUGGAGGCCCCGGAGCUGCCCGUGCAGGCAGAGAUGGUGGAGCUGGUGCCCAACGGGAAGCACGCGGCCGCGCUCGGCACCACCGCCCUCCCCUCGCUGGCGGGUGACAGGUUUGACGAGAACCAGCGCAGCGCGGAGAUGGAGGAGUUCCUGCCCCACGGCGCUGAGAAGAAGCAGACGCACUUCACCGACUUUGAAGGCAAGACGUCGUUUGGGAUGUCCGUCUUCAACCUGAGCAACGCCAUCAUGGGCAGCGGCAUCCUGGGGCUGGCGUACGCCAUGGCCAACACCGGCAUCGUGCUCUUCCUCUUCCUCCUGACGGCCGUGGCCCUGCUCUCCAGCUACUCCAUCCACCUCCUGCUGAAGUCCUCGGGCAUCGUGGGCAUCCGUGCCUACGAGCAGUUGGGCUACCGAGCCUUCGGCACGCCGGGCAAGCUGGCCGCGGCCAUCGCCAUAACGCUGCAGAACAUCGGAGCUAUGUCCAGCUACCUGUACAUCGUCAAGUCCGAGGUGCCCCUCGUCAUCCAGACCUUCCUCAACCUGGAGGAGAAGACCGCGGACUGGUACCUGAACGGGAACUACCUGGUGAUCCUGGUCUCCAUCACCGUCAUCCUGCCCCUGGCCCUCAUGAAGCAGCUGGGCUACCUCGGCUACGCCAGCGGCUUCUCCCUCAGCUGCAUGGUCUUCUUCCUCAUCUCGGUCAUCUACAAGAAGUUUCAGAUCCCCUGCCCUCUCCCCGAGCAAGGGGGGAACGGCACGGGCGGCCUCAACUACACGGCAGCCAGCGGCAGCGGGCACUGGGACGGCUCCGAGAGCCUGCAGCCCCCCGAGGCGGGCGCCUGCACCCCCAGCUUCUUCACCCUCAAUUCCCAGACGGCCUACACCAUCCCCAUCAUGGCCUUCGCCUUCGUGUGCCACCCCGAGGUGCUCCCCAUCUACACGGAGCUGAAGGACCCCUCCAAGAAGAAGAUGCAGUGCAUCUCCAACAUCUCCAUCGCCGUCAUGUACCUCAUGUACUUCCUGGCCGCCCUCUUUGGCUACCUCACGUUCUACGGGCGCGUGGAGUCGGAGCUGCUGCACACCUACAGCAGGGUGGACCCCUUCGACGUGCUGAUCCUCUGCGUGCGGGUGGCCGUGCUGACGGCCGUCACGCUCACCGUGCCCAUCGUCCUCUUCCCGGUGCGCCGGGCCAUCCAGCAGAUGCUGUUCCAUGGCAAGAACUUCAGCUGGAUCCGCCACGUCGCCAUCGCCGUGGUCUUGCUGACCUUCAUCAACCUCCUGGUCAUUUUUGCCCCCUCCAUCCUCGGCAUCUUUGGCAUGAUCGGUGCCACCUCUGCCCCCUGCCUCAUCUUCAUCUUCCCGGCCAUCUUUUACAUCCGCAUCAUGCCCAAGGACAAGGAACCCCUGCGCUCCACCCCCAAAAUCCUGGCAGCCUGCUUCGCUCUCCUCGGGGUGCUCUUCAUGAUCAUGAGCCUGAGCUUCAUCAUCAUCGAUUGGGCCACGGGGGGGGGCAGGAGUGGCGGCAGCCACUAGCCACCCUGGCUGCCCACCCUGACCCCCCCAACCCUGCCAGGACCCCCCCGGGGCCCCCACCUUUGCCUCCUGCCCUUGCCCUUGGCUGGGGGGAGGCACGAGACACGGCCAGCAUCGGGGACCCCAGCCCGUGC